UCAAGUCUGACAAUAACGCCGACUAGCUUUCGAUCACAGCACGCUACUUCGCCUCUGUCCUUGCUGGAACUAAACCGGAGACGUACCAUUCCGAGGAAGCAAAAGGGGAAGUCGGGUUUUUCCAAAAUCCAACUACUUCGCAUUUUGUUUGAUUUUGUUGAAAAUGACCAAAGAAAUAUAUACUACUAAGAAAGAUGUUGAUAACGUUUAAGCUAUCACAUCAACAUUCCCUUCUUCAUUUCCUAGCUUUAGUUUUCCAGCCUGUUCAGUUGAGAAAUCCCCUCGGCGUGCUUUGUUUUUGGUACCGCCCCCUCAGUGAUACCCUGUGCGCACUCAGAGAACAGGCGCUACAACAGGGUGUCAGCGGCGGUUCGAGUGAGGAUGCUCUGAGUGUUGGGAGCCUAUUCAGCCUCCGGCGUCAUUCCCCUUUAACAUAGGGUAACAGAAAAUAUAGAAGAACUUUGGAUUUUGUGUUUCUCAUCUACAAGCAGCGAUUUCACCACCGAGCUGCCUCUGAGAUGACGGAGGUGGAGCCGGUGUUGGAUUUUGCCUCGUCGGGUCGCUCAGGCCGCCGGAACGCCCUGCCGGACAUCUUGGGCUCGCCAGCGGGAGUCAGCCCCUCAGAUCUGCCGCUCAAGCUGGCCGAGCUCUCCCUCACAGAUGGACCAGAUGGGGCGCAGUCUCCCAGCACAGAGGAGCCCCCGGUUGCCACGGAAGGCACCGAGGGGAAGGACAAUGGAUCAUAAGGGACCCGGAAUGGGGCCCCACCAUCUAAGGGGCCCUCUGAGAGAGAAUCCUGUU